AUGGAUCGCAGCAUCCCCCACGACAAGCGGUGGCCCUUGCUGAAGGACAUCAUCAUCAACCUCUUCAUCGGACGGGAUCUCAAGAUCGCCGAUGUCGCCAAGCAUAUGAAGGAGGCGUAUGGGUUCGACGCACAGCUAGCACACUACCGCUACCGGUUCAAAUCCUGGAACGUCCACAAGCGCACCACCGCUCUCGAGAAAGACAAGAUCAUCCAGCGUCACAUCAAACGUGGUCGUGCGGGCGCAAGCACUUCCGACAUCGCGCUUGUCAAAGGGGGCAUCGAGAAGCCCUUCUCAGAGAAGGCCAAGGCGCAGCUACGGAGGUAUGCAAACGAGAAGAGCAAAAUGGGGGCUGCUUCGCUGCCUGCCAUCGUUCCGGGUUUCAUCCUGAAAUGGGACUUUCCAUACCAUGCCCUCCUUUCGACAGGCAGUGGCCCUUUCGAUCAUACGUCGCCUUCCGCGUCCACGCCUCCCUUUCUCACAGUAAACAGCCCUCCCGCGGCGGCUCCAUCGCCUGGUCGGCCCGUCAAUGCCCCCUCGCCUACUGCUCUGGCCUUGCGGAAGAUUGGAUCACUCGACCACGUCGGCAUGUUUCUCCAAGGGCGGUCAAUGGAGCUGCUGAAGUCCCUUAGCCCAGUCGAGCAAAAAGCCGCUUCGGUGUGGUUUCAUGACCUGUUUCUCUUCUCCUUCAUGUCAGCCAAGUACUUUGGCAAAGGGCCUACUCGCUGGGAUGCGGGCCUUAUCGCCGCAAGAAGCCUUGGAUCCCAGUUUGCCGGCGCCAGCCCAUCGCCCCGACCAGCUCAUGCCUUGACAGGGACACCCAAAUCAGCAACCUCUUUCGACGAUCCAAAGCCACCGACAAUGCUUUGUCGAUGGUCCAUCCAUUACAAGCCCGAAGUUGAUGAGCGUCACAUUGAAUGGGGCCCAGAUCCAGUCGCCGCCGCAGACUCCCACGCGCAAGAUCUUGACGAUGAGUCGACUUGGAGACCAUGGACCGGGGAAAGCCAGUACCUCCCGGAUGUUAUACAAGAGGGCAUCACUUCUGAAUCGUUUACCCAGGCAACAACAUCCCUCCCGGUAUCGUCUCCGAUUGUGUCGGAGGCUUUGAGCAAAUCACCUGCCCAACUCGAAGUCGAAGCAAUUGCCUUGGGGAUAAUAUGUGGAAACCUCGAGAGUUGUCGUGGCCUUUUGGAGGACCAAGAAGAGGAGAAGCGCAAGCUAUUGGUCGAAAUACACCCGUUCCACCUGGCUGCUACAAACCUGCGUGGUACAAAAGGUUGCUGCGGGAUCAUGCGCGACCUCACCAUGAUGCUGCAAGAUGAUCUGUCCGUCGGAAUGCUGUACCGAAACGGCAACGGCCACACGAUUCUCGACAGUUUGAUGGUUACCAUACUACGAUCUCACACAUCUGCUAGACCCGCACUGGUUUGCAGCUCCUUUGACAGACCAGAGAGAUUCCCUGGAGAAGGCAUUGACAUUUGCGGAAGAUUCGACCUGGACUCGCCCUGCACUCGUCAACUUUUCGCAUCUGGCCAAAUCGCAGUCCCUAUGUCCUGGAAGCACGUCUUCUGCCAUACCUCGGCUCAGGCAAUCUGCCAUACAAUCAUAGCAAUAUUCUCGCGGCCCUGGAGCCCCAAGAUCAACACACCUUCCGGAAUCUUUAUCAGAACCUGCAGCUGCUGUCACAAGCUGCUCGUGCCAACCCCACUACACACCCUUGUCGUGGUUGCAUACCUCCUAGCAACACAAGGAUCGCCAGGGGAGACUUUGUUUGGCGCGAUCGCGGUUCUUUCCUGCAUGCUAGCGCUAGGUACAGAUCCGCUAGAGGAAUCCGACCUUUCACAUCAACUCAUACUAUCCGGAUGCGCUGCGCGUUCUACAACGGAGCAGUGUGAGCAUGCCCCUGCAACACCUCUGCGCCUCGCUCAUGCGCUCCAUAGAAGCUCGACCGGUCCGUGGGCACCCGAAUCCCGUCUCGGUUGGGACAUCUUUGUCAAGGUUUUGGCUGAGGGAGAGAAAGCACGUGGCCCUACUUCAUCUCCGAUGUCCACAUGUAGCCACAUCGAUUUCGAUACUGGUGAAUACUGGGCUCAUAACCACUUUUGCGGGAGUCCACAGUUAGGGCAGCUGUGGGCUGCGGUGCAAGCGGAACUGGUUACCUACAGAAGGCUUGAUGAGGACCAGCCAUGGCUCUCACCCCAUUUCGACCUUCAGCUUCUGCAAACGGACUCGACUGCUGCACUCGACGCGUCCGGCCUCCCGCUAAUCGCAAAAGGGAUGCUGAAAGAGUGUACCCCGUGUGGUUGGGUUGUGUCCCGGUGGCUUCGUGUGUCAGAGGCGAAAGCAUUUCUCAUACCCUCUGCCCAGGACAUUUGUUCAUAUUACUUUAUGAACAUGGACAGCUGGAAAAGAACGGAUUUUUGCGAACCAUGGAACCCUAACACCUUUUGUAUCGAGAGAGAGAAAGGCUCAGAAUCUAGCAACUCAGAGCAAUCCAGCCACGAUGAAGACAUGUCGGACGAGGGGGGCCAGAACGAGGAGAUGGUGGACGGGGACGACGCUGCCCCCCACGACGGCCAGGAUGAGAAUAUGAUGGAUGUUGAUGCGCUACCCCCCAGCGACGGGCAGGAAAGCAACGGGUAUCACUUCGGUCAUCAAGGGGGAGGGGGCGACGUAAUGUGCACGACGUGGCCGGUGCACGAGGCGACGUCGCCCGUUGCCGUGGGCGGUGCAGUUCCUGGGCCUAUCAGGUCGGGGCUAACGUAA